AUGGAUUACUUGAACAUAAGAAAGUCUUUCUUUGCAUUCCUAUUGGUCCUGUUUGUUUCAUCAUAUUCUGCUAAAGCUAAUGCAUCAACUUCUGAUGAAGAGGCUGCUGCUCUUUUGAAAUGGAAAGCAAGUUCUGGAAACGAGAACAAUAGCUUCCUGACUUCAUGGAAUCUUCAGCCUACGAAUGCCAAAAAUUCUUCAAAUCCUUGCACAUGGGCUGGUGUUUCAUGCAUUGAUGGAAGUGUAAACAGGUUGAAACUCACAAAUUCAAGUGUCAAAGGUACACUCGAAGACUUUCCGUUUUCAUCCCUCCCAAAUCUUGAAUAUUUGGAUCUCAGCUUGAAUGAAAUUUCUGGCAGCAUACCUCCUGUGAUCGGUCCUAUUCCCCCAGAGAUAGGGAAUUUGAAAGCACUUGAAAGUCUGAGCUUGUCUGAAAAUAAUCUCACAGGUUCAAUCCCAAAAUCACUAGGUAGCACAACCAACUUGGCUCUUCUUUCCCUGGACAGAAACCAAUUUUCUGGUUCAAUUCCUGCUUCCUUAGGCAAUUUGAGUAAACUGGAAAUUCUGGAACUCCACGAUAACAAACUUUCUGAUGCCAUUCCGGAAGAGUUGGGACAAAUACCAGAGUUGUGUGAGCAACAACUUGCUUACUGGUCCAAUCCCAAGAUGCCUGAGAAACUGCUUAAGCUUAAUUAG